AUGGCUUGUGUCGCACGCACUCUUUCCAUUCCUUUCUUGCUUGCAUUAUUCUUCGUGGCUGAGGUAUCCGGGAGCAUGAACGUAGAAUCAUACAAACCGGCUGGUGCAGAAGGAUCUGUUCCUUUAAAAGAAUGCCCAGCGAAAUGCAAGAUCCGUUGCUCAGCUACGUCACACAAGAAACCAUGCAAUUUCUAUUGUAACUACUGCUGCAAGAGGUGCCUGUGUGUUCCGUCCGGCACGGUGGGCAACAAGGAAGAAUGCCCGUGCUACAACAACUUGAAGACCCAGGAUGGCAAGCCUAAGUGCCCGUGA